GAAAGCGAAUAUCCAAGCUCCGACUUCUUCCGUGCGAGGCUCUGUCUGAACUGUCUAAAGUUUGAGGUUUGUGUCCAUCGUUACUUCUUCUUGUAGAGCAUAGCAGGCAUCGCAUCGUCAAUUGGCACGCCUCACAUCGCCCGUCGCCCCCCGUACAUCUCGCUCGAUAUCACUCCAUCUCGCGAAUCACUGCCAUGUUCAGAAGCGCGCGCACACAGCUCCGCGCUGCCGAGGCCGGGUGCAUGCGCUCACUGGCACAUGCGAGGGCCAACCCCUCCAUGCUCCGCACGGCGCGUCCUCUCUCCACCGCGACCCGCCAGACCGUCAAUUACACGCCAUCGAUUGCGCAGCGCCGCCUGUUCAGCGCAACCUCCACCAUGGCCAACACCCGCACCGAGAGCGACGCCUUUGGCGAGCUCCAGGUGCCCAACGACAAGUACUGGGGCGCUCAGACUGAGCGCUCGCUGGAGAACUUCAAGAUCAACCAGCCCCAGGACCGCAUGCCGCCGCCCAUUGUGCGCGCCUUCGGCAUCCUCAAGGGCGCCGCCGCCACGGUCAACAUGAAGUUCGGGCUGGACCCCAAGCUCGGAAAGGCCAUCCAGCAGGCUGCCGAGGAGGUUGCCUCCCUCAAGCUCGUCGACCACUUCCCCCUCGUCGUCUGGCAGACCGGCUCCGGCACCCAGUCCAACAUGAACGCCAACGAGGUCAUCUCCAACCGCGCGAUUGAGAUCCUCGGCGGCACAAUGGGCUCCAAGAAGCCUGUCCACCCCAACGACCACGUCAACAUGUCCGCGUCCUCCAACGAUACCUUCCCCACCGUCAUGCAUAUCGCCGCCGUCCUCGACUUCGAGGAGUCGCUCCUCCCCGCCCUCACCAGCCUGCGCGACGCGCUGAAGAAGAAGUCCGACCAGUGGGAGAAGCUCAUCAAGAUCGGCCGCACGCACUUGCAGGAUGCCACACCCCUGACUCUCGGCCAGGAAUUCUCUGGCUACGUCACACAGCUCGACUACGGCAUUGAGCGCGUCAAGUCUUCGCUGCCCCGCCUCAGGAUGCUUGCUCAAGGAGGAACUGCAGUUGGAACUGGUAUCAACACCUUCAAGGGCUUCGCCGAGGACAUCGCUUCUGAGGUCUCCAAGAUGACCGGCCACGAGUUCGUCACCGCCCCCAACAAGUUCGAGGCUCUCGCCGCCCACGAUGCUAUCGUCGAAGCCCACGGUCAGCUCAACACCCUGGCCGCCUCCCUCUUCAAGAUCGCUCAGGACAUUCGUUUCCUCGGCUCCGGUCCCCGCUGCGGUCUCGGUGAGCUGAAGCUGCCCGAGAACGAGCCCGGCUCCUCCAUCAUGCCUGGCAAGGUCAACCCCACACAGUGCGAGUCCCUCACCAUGAUCUGCGCACAGGUCUUUGGCAACCACGUCGCAACCACCUUUGCCGGCUCGCAGGGUAACUUCGAGCUGAACGUCUUCAAGCCCGUCAUGAUCCGCAACCUGCUGCACAGCUCGCGCCUGCUGGCCGAUGGCAUGAAGAGCUUCGAGAAGAACCUUGUUGUUGGUCUCGAGGCAGACGAGAAGCGUAUUGGCUCGCUGCUGUCCGAAUCUCUCAUGCUGGUCACUUGCCUGAACCCCGUCAUCGGCUACGACGCCGCGUCCAAGACCGCGAAGCACGCACACAAGAACGGCCUGACGCUGAAGCAGGCCGCUAUGGAGCUCAAGGUCAUCAGUGAGGAGGACUUCGAUAAGCACGUCCGCCCCGAGCUCAUGAUUGCGCCCAAAGAGGCUAAGCUAUAGAUGCAUGAGCAUGGUGGAAAAGCAAAAGAUCUUUGUAUAUCUCUGUAAUAUGAAAGCGUAGCGAGCGCUGUUUGGAUGUCUGAGCUAGUGUGUUUGAGCUGCGUCAAUUGUGAAAGCAUAAGUGCCAAGUUCCACGUUUGGUAGGGAGGUUCUUGCAUUGCGAGUAUGGAACAGCGUCAAGACUUGACAAUGAAGUCGGUGAAAGACAGCUCACGUGAAGUCGUCAUCGGGCAUGACUAUAUAAGUCUUUUGUAUUCUUCUACAUAA